AUGCAUCAGCGAUGGCUUCAUCAAACUGACAGUCAAGUUUCUUCAUUACUCGGUGGCGAGGUUGUUACAGUUCAAGUACCUGCCGCCCAUGCCUCUGCAGCAUUCAGCGUCGACUUCGUCAUCUAUCCUGUUCUGGUUGGGAUUUGCUCCUGCGAUGGUAGGAACUGGAGACCCAAGCAUGCAACUGUCAUCAGGCGGCAGCAACGGCGCUGCGAAAGAUUAAUUGUAGGAUGCAUGUAA